CCACCCACAUUACUCAAAAAGAGACAUUCCUUUUGAUGAACUUUAUAUCGAACCUAAAUUCCAUCCGAAAUUCUUGCUAGGAUACUGGAUAUUAAAAAUGUAGACCAUUUCACAAUGUUGUUUAUCCGACAUCCAAUGAUAUGUUCGUAGAGGAUAAAGUCUACACAACCAUGACUGCUCCAAAAACUUCUACUUCCAGCUGUGUGGGGUUUCUUAAACUUUUGAAAUAUGUUUUAAUGGUGAAAUACACCGGGAUAUUAAGGACUAACUCGCUUAUAAUGAAUACAUUUGUAUUUAUUGUAGGAUCUUAAAAUCAUACAUAUUGGGAUUCAUGUGGAUUAAUACGUGUGGACUAGAGGGUGACAAGCAUCACUUUCACCUCACGUUUUUAUUUAAAUUCUAACUGUCAUGAAAAAUAUGUGUUUCUCUGUUGUCCACGUUAUACAUAGUUAAACACAUAUGAAAGAGUUAGAAGGACAUUGAUCCCAACCGAUUUGUUGAUUUAUUCAUGUACACCACAUUAUAAAACCCCAAUAAUACAAAUACAUAAUCAAUGGGGUGUUCAUUUUACAUGUCAUCCAAUCUGUUUUGAUUCUAAUAUUCGUUAAGCGCAUGCGCCGUCCUGCUCAGAAGACAACCAAUCCCGUGCGAGCAACAGCACAGUAAUAUUUGCAUCUGGUGAAUAUAAAUAGACCGCUCUGUGUCAAAGAAGUAUUUCGACUCUGUCGCACCUCUCUCUCUCAUCAUGCCUGCUGACGCACCCCCGGUCAAAGCAGCCAAGAAGGGCUCCAAGAAAGCCGUCGCUAAGACCGCCACCAAGACUGGAAAGAAGAGGAGAAAGUCCAGGAAGGAGAGCUACGCCAUCUACGUCUACAAGGUGAUGAAGCAGGUCCACCCGGACACCGGCAUCUCCUCCAAGGCCAUGGGCAUCAUGAACUGCUUCGUGAGCGACAUCUUUGAGCGCAUCGCCGGGGAGGCCUCUCGUCUGGCUCACUACAACAAGCGCCGCACCAUCACCUCCAGGGAGAUCCAGACCGCUGUCCGCCUGCUGCUCCCCGGAGAGCUGGCUAAACACGCCGUGUCUGAGGGCACCAAGGCCGUGACCAAGUACACCAGCUCCAAGUAAACUCUGCUGCUGACAUACCAACAACACAAAGGCUCUUUUAAGAGCCACCCAA